AUGUAAACAAUGUCUUGUCAAAGCAGCACUCGCUCAGCAAAAGACCGAUAUCUGUGUAUCCUUACUAUGCCUCGCUGGGAACAGCUCUAUAUGGAAAGGAAGGGCCACAAAUAAAGAAACCAGAUCCAGUUACAGUGCCGCUGGACCCCUAUAUCUGGCAGUUCUUACGGAGAAAAAACACCCUCAUCGAAGCGAUACGUUCUGAGAUGGCAAAUUGUCAUUGUGAGAUAGAAUGGCCUAAAGGCAACUGUGCGGAGCCAAAAGUUAUUCUGCAUCCUUCAGCUGCUUUGUCUGAGAGGAAGAGAUCAGUGGCUCAGUUGAUCAGGACAUGGAAUGCGGUAGCUUCCACAACAUUUUCAUACAGCAUAUCAAAGUACAAAGUAGAGAAGCUUAAAGUAAGCGCAGAGGUGUGGGAAGUCAUUAGAACCAGCAUUAACCAUGAUGAACUUUUGAUGAUCUCACAUCUUUCGAAGGAUUUACUCGUUGUAAUAGGCCACAAAGACAUUCUGAAGAAUGUUGUCCGAGAACUGAAAUUGCAGAUAGAAAAAGUCACCAGAGAAAUUGAAAUAGAAAAGCAAACAACUGAAGAAAUAGUGAUUCUGAGUCCAGGGGAUUUUGCAAUUUUGCAGAACAUCGGUCUUGAAGAAAGGAUUCGCGGGAGAUAUUGGUUAAUAUGCAAAAAAUGGCAAAAAAAAAACAUUACUCUCCACCCUUUUGUUUUCCAGUUUUUACAACGUAUUGAUAACGAAACCCUGUCACAGAGCCUGUUUUUGUCAAAACACAUCAGUGCCUUUUAUGAGCUUGGCCCAGAUGCUGUCCUUCUGAAAGGAAAUGAUGACGAAACUCUCCUAAAAGCAGAAGAAGAGCUAAAGAAGGAACUGGACUACAAAAGCAUUACUUUAGAAGAUGAAUCCAUCCUCCAGAAGGAGGAAUGGACAGCGCUCACUGAGGAGAACUGCUGUAAUGCAGCCGUAACAGUCACUCAGAAAGAGGGUGAGAUCAUUGUUGCUGGCCUUUCUCAAGCAGUAGCGAAAGCCUUUGAAGAGCUUUUUAACUUUGUAGAUGAGAACACGCAAGUACAAAAAGUCAUCGGAGGAAAGCCCACCGUAGUCCUAAUGUACAUCGAGAAAGAGAGGGCCUCUGUCUUGGAUGACUUGAAGAAUAAAGGUGUGAAAAUUGACUUCAGUAAAGUUAUAUCCUUGAGCGGACCGAGAAGAGAGGUGCUGAAAGGAACUACCCUGAUUGAGCAAAUGCUGUCCGGGCUGCAUUACAAGCGUGUGGUAAUUAAUGAGCCAGGAGCCAGGUCAUAUUUCAAAGAAAGAGAACGCUUUUUUGCUGCCAGUGUGAAACAUGAGUGUAACUGUCUAAUCAGACUGGAAGAGCAGCCAGAAGAGUAUCUGGAAGAACAACAAGCACACACUAACGUAGGCAAGCGCUAUACACAGAUGACUGUGCAGGGAGUUCUAAUAGAGGUUUAUAAAGCCAACUUGUGCACUCAUCACGUUGAUGUUGUGGUGAACGCUUCAAAUGAAGACUUGAAACACAUUGGUGGCCUCGCUUGGGCACUGCUCCAAGCAGCUGGUCCAGAGCUGCAGGCUGAGUGCGAUGAGGUGGUGAGGAAGAACGGGCGUCUGCAGGCUGGGUGUGCAGUGAUCACAGGAGCAGGGAAGCUCCCCUGCAAACAGGUCAUCCAUGCUGUUGGGCCCCGGUGGAAGGAGCAGGAUGCAGGAAAGUGUAUGCACUUGUUAAAAAAGACCAUUAAAAUGAGCCUGCAGCUGGCUGAAACAUAUAAUCAUCGCUCCAUAGCUUUCCCUUCUGUAAGCGGAGGGAUUUUUGGCUUCCCGCUGCACAAGUGUGUAAAUGCAAUUGUGUCAGCCAUCAAGAAAACCCUGGAAGAAUUCAACGGGAAAAGCAACUUGAAGGAGAUUCAUCUUGUGGAUAUCAUAGAGGAUAACGUUCAGGCUUUCAUCAAGGCACUGAAAGAAAUGUUUUCAGAUGAUGUACCUCUUAACAACCCCGUGCAAUCUCUUAACACUCAGACCAACAUUGUUCAUCAGCCUAGCAAAAGGACAGCUUCUCAAAGUGGCAUGAACUUUGCAUUGGUAACAACUGAGGAAGGCCUUGACAUCAUGCUGAAAAAAGGAAGCAUUGAAGAUGUCACAACAGAUGUUGUUGUCAUCAGUGUUGGUGGAGAUCUACAGCUUGACAAAGGACAACUUGCCAAAGCCUUGCUAAGCAAGGCAGGACCAAGGCUUCAGGCAGACCUACAUGACGAAGGCCUGGGAAAAUCACAUGGUGAAGGAUCUGUGUUCAUAACAAAAGGUUACAGUCUGAGUUGCAGUUAUGUGUUUCAUGCUGUCGCACCUAGUUGGUCAGAGGGAAGUGAAUCUGCAGUGAAGAUCUUGGGCCGGAUCAUCACAAAAUGCCUGCAAUCUGCUGAGGAACUAUCUUUGAAGUCCAUUACUUUCCCAGCGAUUGGAACAGGGAUCUUAGGUUUCCCAGGUUCUGUUGUUGCUAAAUUGCUGUUUGACACGGUGUAUGAGUUCAGUAAUAAAAAGAAAACCAAUUCUCUUCGGGAAGUUCACUUUCUGUUGCAUCCAAAAGAUGUAAAUAAUCUUCAGGCAUUUUCAAAUGAAUUUGAGAGACGGUGUGGCAAUGAUGUAGAUGAGGCUAGCGAAGGCACAGCUUUCUUUGGUCCCAUUUUAAACCCAGCACAGGAUGUAUAUGAAAUGACAAUUGGCUCCAUCAAGUUCCAGGUGGCCGCUGGUGAUAUUACCAAGGAAACUGGAGAUGUCAUUGUAAACAUAUCAAACAAAUCUUUCAACCUCAAAACAGGUGUCUCUAAAGCAAUUUUGGAAGGUGCUGGGAAAGAGGUUGAAAAUGAAUGUGCUGAACUAGCCUUGAAGCCUAAUGAUGGCUAUAUAACCACCAAAGCAGGAAGCUUGCCAUGCAAAAAAAUAAUCCAUUUUGUUGCUCAAGAUGAUGUUAAAGUGCCAGUCUCCAAAGUGCUUCAGGAAUGCGAAUUACAGCAGUGCACCUCUGUUACCUUCCCAGCGAUUGGAACAGGUCAGGCAGGCCGUUUUCCAGAUGCAGUAGCUGAUGAGAUGAUGGAUGCAAUAACUGACUUUGCAAGGAGCAACUCUACUCCAUCUGUGAAAACUAUUAAAAUUGUCAUUUUUCAGUCAUAUCUGCUGAACGUGUUCCAUACAAGCAUGAAAAAAAGAGAAAAUCCUGGUAAAACAAAAUCAAAAUCAUUUCUUUCCAGGAUGGCAUCAUUUGUGUCUCUCGUUGUAGCAUUCCUGAUCCCUGAGAAGCAUCCUCCAAAGGAAAAACGCAAAGCAGUUUUGGAAAAUAAAGUUGAUCGGGCUGUUGUUCAGAUUUGCGGUGAAAAUGAGAAACAAGUGGAAGAAGCAGAAACCUUGCUGAAAAGUACAAUUCUGAAGGAACAGUUUCAAAGAGAAAUCAAGGAUGACUCCAUCUUGGAUUUUGAUGAGGCAGAGAAUGAGGAACUGCGUGACCUACAGAAGAGAUUAAAUAUUGCUCUGUUCUUGGGAGACAACUUUAUUCGAAUUACAGGAUUUAGCAAAGAUGUCUGGUUUGCUUACUCAAGUAUCCAAGAUAUGAUCCACAGGGUUAAAACUGCUAAAUAUGAAGCGAUCAAGGCAGAACUUUAUCAAAACUUAAUUGAGUGGAAAUAUUUGGAAAAAGAUUCCUAUGUGUCCUUUGACAGUAUGACAAAUAUGUGCUUGGAAAGUGCUUUUAUAAGAAAGCAGAAAGAUGUUUCAGUCGUCAUUAACAAGAAAAAGUACAUGGUGAAUAUAGAAAGUAGAUAUGCUACAGAUGAGGAAGGAAAACGUAUAACACACGUACUGAUAAAUCUGCAGGUUAAUCAGGAAUCAACAGCACUCCCUGAAAAAUGGGACGAUAUGCAAAAUCAGCAGCUCAAAAUAGUGAAAUUGAAACCAGAUACAAAAGACUACAACGAAGUGAAGGAAAGGUUUCUGAAGACCACUCCGUCACUAAAUCUAAAAAUUGAAAAGAUCGAAAGGGUACAGAACCCAUCUUUGUGGAAAGUCUACCAAAUAAAAAAGUGUCAAAUGGAUGCCAAAAAUGGCAACAACAAUAAUGAGAAGUUUCUGUUCCAUGGGACAAGUGCAGAAUCAUUAACUUUCAUUAACAACUAUGGAUUUAACCGCAGCUAUGCUGGAACGCACGCUGCACAGUAUGGAAAUGGAACUUACUUUGCUGUUAAUGCCAGCUAUUCUGCUAAUGAUACCUACUCAAAACCAGAUGCCAAUGGGAAGAAGCACAUGUACCUGGCUCGAGUCCUUGUUGGACAGUAUUCCCAGGGGACACAAGGAGCAAUUACUCCAGCAGUAAAGAGUGUUGGCAACAGUGUGGAUCUGUUUGACAGUUCAACUGAUAAUGUGAACAAUCCAUCCAUGUUUAUUGUAUUUAAUGAUAUUCAAGCUUACCCGGAGUACCUCAUCACUUUCACUAGAUGAGCAUUUUGAUUGCAGCCAUGAUUGCAUGUCUCUUAGCUUUUAUGUUAUAAAUCAGUCCUACAGAUCAACCAAAUAUGCAGUGAGAACUAUUUAUAGUUUUAUCAAAUUAAUUUCUAAAGGCCUGUUUAUGUUCAAGCAGCCUCUGGUUCUUUUUGAUGUCCUGAGCAUAGACUAAUGUUUUUCCUCUCAGAGUAAUAGCUGAAUGCAUUUAAGACAAGUUUAAUCUGGCAUGUGGUCUAACAGCAGUUUCCAGUAGACGUCCCACGCCUCCCCUAUUGUGAUCCUCCAUGCUGUGUUCUGGCCAUCCUAGCUGCAGCAGUGCUGGUGGGGGAGAGUGAGAGACAGAGUGCUUGGUCUCACGUUUCUGAAAGAGUGAGGAGCUGUCAUCAAUUAUGAUGCCGACUGUCAUUCACAGUUCUCAAUAAAUGAACUAUCUGUACUUAA